GAGGGAGGGAGGGAGGAGUGUCCACGACGACGACGGCCACCACGAUGAUGCUGAUAACGUUUGAUAAGUGAACGACCGAACAGACGUAGAUAGAUAAAUAGACAGGCAGCAAGCGGGCAGACAGGCGGACAAACGAACGAACGAACGAGAGAGACCGGCCGGUCGGUCGACUACACACGUGUGCACUGACCACAGAUAUGCGAGGCGUGCACGCCAUGUCGAGUGAGUGACGGCGGUGAGUGCAGUGAGUAAUACAUUGUAGCGUGGCGUGCGUCCCGCGGAUCGGCAGAGCGCGCCGCGCGAGGAGUGAAGAGUGCACGGUGUGAAGUGAGGCGAGAGAGAAACGACCGGCUGCGAGGAAGGGAAACAUCGGCGGCCGCCGUGACCGACGGCCAGGAGGAUUCUCUUCGCCCUGUGUAGAAAUCGCAGCCCGACUCGCGUAUGUCAGCCGAUUCGCGCCGCCAAUUCCCCGGGUCGUCCUCCAUCGACCUCCGAGAGUGACCGAGUUCGAAAGAAUGGAGGCCAUGGAUUUGGACGGGGAUGCAGUGGUGGAUCUGAGUGUCAGCAGCAGUGGCAGACGCAAUUCUCCAUCUGUUUCUGUAAAUUCUGGAGACGUCGUUGUCCCGUUGGAUUUGGGCAUUCACAUUCCCACUAGCCCCAAUCUGGAGAACAACAUGCCAGAGGCUCGUAACAUACAGAAUGCAGCUCGUGGCAUCUUGGCCCCCAAGUCAGGGGAAGACCGCAAGACAAGACGUAGUCUUAGACCUAGAAUAGAGAGAAGCUAUGCUGAGAGUCCCGAUGAACCUAGAAUGAAUGGAUACUUGAAUGGGAACGCGUCGGAUAGCGAGGAAGGUGAGCUGCCUCCUCUGCUGCCUAUCAAGGAACUGUCGAGCGACGAGUUGGCCGAACGCGAAAGAAUGUUGCGGAAGUUGAAAGAGGAGCUCAAGUCUGAGGAGAUGAAGCUGGUGCUGUUGAAGAAGCUGCGUCAGUCUCAACAACUAAAGGAGAACAUCGCAGUGCCCAAGGCUCCUAGCAAAUUGCCACCACCGGUGACGGCAGUACAGCAGACGCCUCACAGUCACAGAACGGGGAAAGCGCCGCCGCCGUUACUCAGAGGCCAGCCAGCACCUAGCAGAAGUAGCAGUUUGCAUGCUCCGCCACCAGGCAUGGUAUUGCCGCCAACUGCGGGUCGAAAUGCGACUAUUUCGAGUACAGGGAUACCUCCGAACAUGGUGAUACCGCAGCCACCUCAUCCUAGAGGUAGACCGCCCAGCACGACGCCGAAUGUGUCGAGUUAUCAUGCACCGGCGGACAGAACGGAAAGAUCCACAAAGGAUCCGACACCAGCCCCCGCACAUCAACUGCUUGUUGGAUCGCAGGAAAAUAAAACCACCGCAUCCUUAAGCACGCCUGUGAAUUCAGAACAGGAGCGACAACGGGAGGAUAAUCAGACACCUGCUCAACGUCAAGCAGCCGCCAAAUUAGCCUUAAGGAAGCAGCUUGAAAAAACACUACUGCAAAUACCACCGCCAAAACCGCCGCCUCCGGAGAUGCAUUUUGUACCAAAUCCCUCCAACACGGAGUUCAUAUAUCUGGUCGGUUUGGAGCAUGUGGUGGACUUUAUUACAAAGGAGCCGGCUGUUCCGCCGCCUCCCGAGCCGUUCGAAUGUUCACAAUGCAAGACAGAUUUCACACCCGUAUGGAAAUGGGAGAAAAACCUACCUGGAGGUAAUAAGGACAGUCCUAGAGGACAGCAUGCGACCUUCCAACGGCCCGCAGCGGGUCGCGAUCCGAGAGUUAUAUGCGAACAUUGCGUGACGACUAACGUGAAGAAAGCACUGAAAGCGGAACACACUAAUCGAUUAAAGACUGCUUUCGUGAAAGCGUUGCAGCAGGAACAAGAGAUAGAGCAAAGGCUAGCACAAGCGGGGUGUCCAAGUCCGGAUCCCCCUGCCCCGAAACCAGUUCCUAAAGCAGCCACUCCCACGAGAAGAGUAGCCACACCACCCGCACCUUUACCGCAGGUACCACCUCCGGCACCGACGUUGACGCCAACACCGCCGGCGCCAAAGAUGCAAGAGCAUCCUCUAGUAAAACUGGCUGAAAGUGGAAAAUUCAGCCCGCACCAUGCAGCAGCUGCAGCGGCUUUGCAGCAACAGUUGCUAAGAGAACUCGCGAAAAAUCCAGUGCCGGGUAUACCGCCGCAUCAGCCUCUUCCUGCUCACAUGAUGCCGCCGUUCACUUCGAUAUUGUAUCCCUAUCAAUUGGCGAUGGCGCAGGCUGCCGGUGGCAAAGGUCUCGUUGAGCUGCAGCGACAAGCGGCAGAUCUUCAACGUCAAUAUCUGCUUGACAUGAUACCGUCGCAAGCGUCUCAGGCGCAAGGCAACCAAGCACCACCGAGGGCUCAUCCACAUAACUGGAAAACGUAACCGGACGCAUUUAAGAGAACGAACAAUUAAACGCGCGGAUGUCAUAGUGCGUGGACGUAUGAUAAAAGGAAUACAGAGACUCUCCUGCUCCUCUGUGUUUAUUAUGUAUCUAUUGAAAAAAAAGGGACUCUCGGAGUGUCGUUUUCGAGUGUCGUGCGGUUGGUCACGGCCCUCGCUCUCUCUCUCUCUCUCUCUUUUUCUGUGCACCUUAUGAACAUUUUAAAUAACUUACGCCAAUCGAUAUUGACGAUGGCGCGUGGUGAAGCUCAAAUUGAUACGCGUUCGAGAAAUUACUUCGUAUAGUAUUGUGUAAAGAGUGGUUAUAAUCGUUGUGAAUAUAUGUCAAUUCACAUGUGUGUGUGUAUGCGAGACAUCAUUGUUAUAUCCAAAGGAUUUAAGGUUUUAUUGUCAAUCCCCGAAUGACUUAACACAAUAAUUAGUUUGAGUACGCAAGCGUCGUUUAAAAGAGAAAAAAGAAAAAAAGAUCAAUAUCGACCGCGUAUACGGUACUCCCCUCAAUGGAGACUGACGGAAUUGUUGUUUAUUUUCUUCCUACAUGUAACAGCAUGUAUGCGUUAUUGUUUCUCCUCAUUGUCCACCGAAAUAGUAAAUAAACGUAAAUGAUAAUCGAAUCGUGUCUACAAGCAUAUUAAUAACUCGGGUACGAAAUAACUAACGAGAACAAUCGUUUGAAUUAUUAUUAUACGAUAUGAUAUAAAGAACCAAAUAAAUAUCUACAAGGCACUAAUUAAACCAGAUAAUAAGUGUUGAAACACGUCUACGAAUCGGUUGAUUAACGAUAAAAUAGCUGUGUGAUCGCGAAGAAUGAGGUGGGACAGGGGGGAGGAGGAGGAGGAGGAGGAGGAGAAGAAGGAGGAGAGACGAGUGCGACACGAAGUGACGAAAUCGUUGAUGAAAGAAUCUUUUUUUUUUUUUUUAGGCUCUCGUUAGGUGGUUAAGCCGAUCUUUGCCGCUGGUUUCAACGUGUUUUUUGCGACCACCCGGCAGUACCUGUACUAUGUGUAUAUCUUUAUUUUCUUCGAACUGUAUUUUUAAGAAAAAUUUCACGCAAGAUAGAGUUGCGUAGUAACGUAAGGAGACGAAGAACGAUCUGUAAGAUUGAGUGUGCGCGUGUGUGUGUGUGUUAUAUGUGUACGCGUGCGUGUCAUGGCGUGUAUGUGUACGUUUGAGUGUGAGGGUGUGUUAGUAAUUAGCAAGAAAGCGAAUGUGGGAGUGAUAAUAGCAAUCUUUUUCUCUUUCUCUGUCGGUACACGGUGGAAUGUAUCGGCGAAUUUAUAAUGGAGUGACACGAGUGUCAUUCGCGCACAAAAUACGAAUUUCUCUCACACGUAACUCACGUUUACAGCUUGCGUGUAUCGGAUUUGGUCGCGAUUCAGAUAUCGAGACAUGCACGCGCGACUCAAUGACUUCGGAGUUUUCGGCGUUAACGCGAGAACUUUCGGACCAGCAACGGUGUCAAUUGAUUCGAGUUAACGCGACGCGAUUGAUUUCAUGUCACUUUUAAUGUAAAAGUAUUUAAAGAUCUUACUAGGAGAUAAUCGAGGUUCUUUCGAAUUUUGUCACAAAAAAACGGCGACACCGCCAAAUUUUUACAACGUCCUCUGGAAAAAAGUCUGCACCUAAACGAGUUAAAGGCAUCUGGCACUUGUCCCAACAAUACUAUUACCGGUUCCUCCCGCUCCUCUAUGUCUCUCUCUCUCUUUUUCUCUCUUUCUCUUUUUCUUUCUCUGUCUCUCCCCACUAAUAGUCUGAUUUUAUUGAUUCUGGGCUAACCGAUCUUGAUCAUACAUUUCCGAAUCAAUUAAAAUAUAUAGUACUGUAGUCUUGAUAUUUCUUGGUAUAUGAUACAACUUAAUAAACUAAAAUAGCAUAAUUAUCUCUUUGUACUACGUGAUAGAUUUUGAACUCGUACUUGAUAUACAUGUACACCGUAAUAAGUCUACGAUCGCAUAAUAGAUCAAGAUCUGUGUUUUUUGUGUAAGAGAAAACAGAAUAAUAAUGUCGUCGACUAAUUACCGAUCAUCGGGGCACUACUACCAACAUUAUCGAUCUUACAUAAUGGGAAAGAAUCGAACAUUUUGGGACUUCAAUUUAAUUUCGACCUUCUGACUGUGAAUGGCGAUACUCUCGGUGCUUUCUCUCCCUCUUUGAAAUUCUCUCUCUAACGACGCAAGUGUACCACAUGUAUACACGACUUUUGGAACUGACCGUGUCGAUUCGGUUGAGAGCAAAUCGUUGUUAUUAUCGUCGUCAUUAACAAUCACGGAUAAAUUAAUUGCGUCUUAUUCGGUAAUUAGAUUGCGUCUCGUUUCUCGUGGGAAAAAAAAGAGAACAAACAUUUCCUCCUAUCCUUUUUUUUUUUGUUCCAGCCUCGUCUUUCACAUCUUUGUGUGGUGCUGUUAGCGAUUAAGCGUACUCUCUCUUUCUCUCGUAUGUGUGGGAGAAUUUUAUAUCCUGAAAACACGUAAACGGCCCCAUUUGGCUACAUGACAGAAAUGAGAAAUGGCGAACAAAAAUUCAGCGGGACUAUGGAAUUUCGAGAAGCUUUACGAAAAGAGGAGAAAACAAAUGCAGAAAAGAAAAUUGACUGGCCGCGCGCGCUCCACGGGGACAUGAACGUUUUUAUCGUCACAAAAACAAAAUCGUUGAAGCUUUGGACGGAUACUCGGCACAUCAAAAAGAAGACUGUGUGACACGCGCAUAUUUUUUUCUUUUUAAUUUCUCGUCACGACGAAAAACUUGCGUAUAUUUUUUGCCAAAAUUCGUACAUUGAUCUUGAAGUGUCUAUCUAAACAAACAGCUCUGUCCCUACAAUUUAUAGAAUUAGUGGAUAAAUACAAGAUUACCGAAUACUCUGGAAACUAUAUGAAUAAAGCUUAUCAAUGAUUGUA